AUGAAUAGGUUGUGCUCAAGUCGCUUUUCCAGACGUCUCAAGACACGUUUCCCCACCUUCCUCGCUGCAGUGGACAGACGGAAGCUCAAGACAAAGGCAAGACGAGGGACAAGCCGUGGAAGGCGGUUCAGUGAGAGCCAGCACGUGCAGGAGCGACAGCAGGAUAUAGAGUCGUAUGGUGGGUGUCUCGCACGUGUAUCGCAUGCUGGAGAUGUGUCGCAUGGUAAUGGGUGUAUUGCAUGGAGCUGUAGCUGUUUCCACCCCCACCACUUGCAGGUGUUGCAGUGGUGGCUUUUCAAGGAGCUCAAAGAUGCACAGGGGCAGGCAGAGGUAGCAGCUGACGCUGACAACUCCUAUCUCCCCACCCACCCCCCUGUUCCAGUCUCGUUCAUUCCACCCCAGGCGUCGCGGUCACGGCUGUUCAAGGAGUUGAAGGAGGCGCAGCGGGAGGCACGGGUUGCAGCUGACGCUGACAACCCCGCGUCGCGGUCGCGGCUGUUCAAGGAGUUGAAGGAGGCGCAGAGGGAGGCAAAGGGAUCAGCCGAUGCUGACAUCAUCCUGAGCUGUGAUGAGAGCAACAUCUACAGAUGGACGGCCCUCAUCAAGGGCCCAGCUGACACGCCUUAUUACGGAGGGCAAUUCACCCUCACCAUCAACGUGCCCCAGCAGUACCCUCUUGUUCCGCCCCAAGUGCGGUUCGCUACCAAGGUCUUCCACCCCAACGUGCACUUCAAGACGGGGGAGAUCUGUUUGGACAUCCUCAAGACGGCAUGGAGCCCAGCUUGGACCCUCACAUCCGUGUGUCGCGCCAUCAUCACUCUCCUCUGCCACCCCGAGGCCGACAGCCCACUCAACUGCGACUCAGGCAAUCUGAUUCGAGCAGGUGACAACCGGGGCUAUUGCUCCAUGGCUCGCAUGUACACUAAACUCCACGCCAUGCCGCCCGCUGCCAGAUGA